GGUUGCAACAAGGCGUUGCUGUUAUAUUUUGUCUAAAACCUCGAUUUUGUAAUUUUUACUUGUUGUUAGAGAGAGGGAAAUUGAAUUUGCGCGAAAUUUAAUACGAAAGAAAUAAGUUCAUAUUGCUAUUUCGUUAAAAUGAAUAAAUUUCAUAUCCGUGCUCUAGUUGCACGUCGACAACAAAAACAUGACAAAAUAUAACACCAAAUUGAGAAUAUAAAUCAUAAAGAAACAAAAAGUUGAAGAAUUUUUUAACAUUAAACCUCUGCUAAACGAAACCAUGACGUAAAUUUUUGCGUACUGAACUUUUCACUUUUUUUUUUCUAGAUUGGAAGAACACUUGGUUUUUCCUCCUGAAGAUUAUAUAAAAACGGAAUCAGGAAAACACGAUGGUCCACGAGUUGUCCAUUUUACUGUGUGGAUUGAAUCCGUCAUACGCAUCGAUCCAGCUGCAAUGGAGUUUAUUGUGAACAGUUACAUCAUUCAAGAAUGGACGGAUGAGCGUUUGAAACGAGAGAAUCAUCAUGUCAUCAUGUUACAGGAAGCAACCGACGUGUGGACACCUGACGUUUACUGUUUGAACUGCAGAAAAUCUGCUUUGGAUGAGAAAGGCACAAGAGUGUUGUUAAGGAUUGACGUGGAUGGGAAUAUUUAUUACAGUCAACCGGGGUUAUUAAAUGCAGCGUGCAAUUUUGAUUUCUAUACUUUUCCAUUUGAUGUUCAAAGAUGCAAAAUGCAAUUUGCCAGCUACAGCAACAACAACAGCUUUGUAGAUUACAAACUAAAAAAAGCUACCUUUCUCGAGAAAAAAGAUUUGGAGCAAUUUAAAAUAGAUAAUGAAAUUAAAGCGUUGACUAGAGUUGCUGAAUAUUUAUCUGGUAAUUACACAAUAAUUGAACUGGAGCUGAAGUUUACCCGCCAAAUUGGGUUUUACUUAAUCAGACUAUACAUCCCUACGUCUGUGCUGGUCAGCUUAUCUUGGAUAACAUUCUAUGUAUCACCAUCAGAUAUUGAAACAAGAUUGACAAUUGGUAUCACUUUGAUUCUCUCAAUGAUCUUCUUGCUUGGAUACAGCGAUACAUCUCUACCUAAAGUUUCAUAUAUCAAAGCGAUUGAUUGGUUUUUGAUCAUGGCGUUACUUAUUAUUGUGUUGACGGUUAUAGAGACUGUGGUUGUAUACUGGUACAUUUGCAAGAAGGAAAAACAACAGGAACAGCGAAGACGAUCCUCCAUAUUUUCAAAACUUAGCGGCAGCAACCACUUCGAUAUCAGCAAGGAAUGCAGUCCACCCGAUGAAGAUGAUGACAUGAAAGCUAUCUAUGGAAGCAAAGAAAACACUCGCAACAGAAAAUGCGCAAUGAAACAUAAACUACUUUGCGUUGACGAAUAUGACCGAAAGAAGCCACUGAAGUUUGACUGCAGCAUGAGUCCUUUCAUAGGAAGUGAAGUCAAUGAUGAUGAUAAUGAUGAUGAUGAUUUCAGAAACAGAGUGGCGAAUUUUGAGAUUGUAGCACGACUUGUAUUUCCCUUGGUAUUUUUUGUGUUUGCCAUUAUAUAUGGUAUUCAUUACUCGCGAUAUCUACAUGAAUAACACGCAAAAGAGGGCGAAUAAUAACAUUGAUGAACUUUGCAAGCUGGUAGAAUGUAGAAUCUACAUUAUGCAGCCGCUGUUGCGAUUAUUAAAACUGGAGUUUAAUACAACUAUUUCUUGUUUCGAUCAAAUGUUAUUGAAAAAACAGCGUAUCUAGGUGUUUUUUGGUGAAACGUUUGGACUUUUACCACUUAUUUUUAAAAUAUACUCCAUAUUAUGUUCAGAAAGUUAUAGCGUAGACUUACCGCGAUACCCAACGAUUUUUCUACCGUAUUUAAUCAGCCAUUUAACUGUUUGUACUUGUAUUACAGGCUUAGUGCUUUUUAUUUAGCCAUUUUUCUAACACUUUCUUUUUCACUUCAUUAAAUUAAAUACGUCAACACACAUACGAACAUAGACAUUGGACGUGGAAAGAAGAUGGCUAAAAGCUUGUCUGCUUUCGCUCAACCAUAUUAUCUUGGUGUCAACCCCCACGUGGGUUGUAAUAACUUGUGAUCAAGUUAUUUAGUAA